UUUUACUUUUGACAAGAUGAUAUCAUGAAGCUCGCCACGCAUACAGUAUCUUGUGGCUCUCCCAUGUUUUCUCCGUUUCGUUACUUGAAUCAUCUGUCUGUUUAAAAGUUCUUCCUGAUAUCCUUCCACCAUAUCCUCUGGAGCCCUUUCAGGUGAAUGCUUUACAAAUUACAAACCCUUCUGCUGCUCUGCAAGCCAUAGACGCUGUAACCUUCUCACUGGAAUUUCGUAUCCUUUUGGAAAAAGCCCAAAUUAAAGCAGAGAAACCAUUAGGGUAGAUCGUUGUAACUUAAGGCCAAGACUCGUGAGAACUGGACUUCAUUUCCCUCAAGCUGCCAACUUGGGUGCUCAAGAACUUUCAACCAUUCUUCAUAGCUCGCACUUUUGGUCGACAGAAGACCUCCAAGCAACGCAAUUGCCAAGGCCAUCCGCCUCUCCCUUUCUCCCUCUCGCUCGCUUCCUCCCUGCCCAGAAAAUUCCUCCGGCGACAGCCCAGAAAAUCCCCUCCGGCGACAGCCCAGAAGCCCGCUCUCCCUCCCUCGCACCUGUCUCUCUCACUCCGGCAACUCGAGAAGAAAAUUGUUGGCUGGGCGUCGGCAAAGGAUCUCAAAAAUCUCCACCUCCGGGAAGGCUCUCUCUCUCCUCCACCGGCGGUACGUGGUCCUCUCUCCUCCACUGAAAUGAAGGAAGAAGAAGUGAAUCGAUGCCAGAUUCAAGAGUGGUACCCAAAAUUUAAAUCUGUCUCCAUUAGAACCCAAAUUCACGAACUUCCUGAAUCGUUUAUUCAAUACCUUCUUGACGAUUCUGGUCCCUUCCUUUUACCAGUUUCUAUUUAUAAUGAUGAUGCCCUACCCAAUAGAAUUCAUAACCCUGAAGAGGAGGAAGAUUAUCAAGUAUCAGAAAGAUCUGGAGAUGAGUCAGAACAAUCUUCGCCACCCCCAUCUUUCCCAGAACUUGAAUUGAAAAUUAAGGAAUCAAUUGAAUCCCUUGGUGGUGCAGUCUUCCCUAAGUUGAAUUGGAGUUCUCCGAAAGAUUCUGCUUGGAUUAGCACUACUGGGAGCCUCCGAUGCGCUACAUUUAGCGAGAUUGCACUCUUGCUACGGUCAUCUGAAUCGUUGAUCCAUGAUUUAUGUCAUGCAUAUGAUUCAUGCAGUGACAAGUCCUCAUCAAGACCACAGAAUUUCUUCCUUGCGCUCCGCAAGUGGUACCCAUCUCUUAGGCCAGAGAUGGAAUUUCGUUGUUUUGUACGGGGUCAAAACCUAGUUGGAAUUUCCCAACGUGAGGUGACUACUUUUUAUCCUAUUCUUCUUGAGAAGAAAAUUGAUCUUGAGCGGUUGAUUCAGCAAUUUUACGAGGAUGAUGUGAGGCUGAAAUUUGAAUCGGAAAAUUACACAUUUGAUGUUUAUGUUACAAAGGAUGAGCGGAUUAAGGUGUUAGAUUUCAACCCUUGGGGUGCAUUUACAUUGCCGCUGUUGUUUGAUUGGGAGGAGUUAGAGCAGAACACUGGGGAAGAAGGCAAUAAUGUGGACUUCAGAAUUGUGGAGAGCCAGUGUGCUGUUAGGCCUGGUUUGAAGACAGCAGUGCCGUAUGAUUACUUGGACACUAGCACUGGAAGUGGCUGGGAUCAAUUUCUGAGGAAUGCUGAUAUGGAGUUGCAGCGGCAGACCAGGUCUUCUGAAGCAGGUGCUUGAGGUUUUGAUUGUCUUGAUUCAUGAGACUAGUGUUGUAGUUUCACAGGUGAUUUCAUAAAUACUCACUUUCAUGGGCAGACAGACUAUACUUGUAAUCAGGAUUCUUUGUUUUGUGUGUAGUAGCUCAAAAUACAGGAUUCUGCAUCUGCAAUCAUAAUAACAUAAUGAUCAUGAAUCUGAUUUUGGUGCAACUUCCAUUCUUGUUUUUUCUAUUAUGGAUUCAUGGUUGUUGCUGAAACGGUGUUUUAGAAUCUAUUU